AUGUCGGCUCCAGGUGUCACGUUUUAUGGAUACGCAGCGGAUACGAACGUUCAAGGUCCGCCUCCAAGUUAUUUUAGCCCAAAUGAAAUGCAGUUCAGGCAGUUCCCCUAUGAACCCGGCAACGCAACUUCCCCGCAAACUUUCUCUUCUAAUCUGUUCACUCCUGGACCACGAACCCCCAACGAGACGUAUGACGACUACGAAAAUGAACCUCCUCUCCUCGAAGAACUGGGGAUCAAUUUCAAUCACAUAAUGGAGAAGACGGUCUCGGUUCUCGCACCGCACAAAGAUCCACCGCUCGAGGUUCUCGAAGACUCCGAUCUUGCUGGCCCCCUGGUGUUCUGUCUCAUUUUCGGUUUCACUCUAUUACUGGCCGGUAAGGUACACUUCAAUUAUAUCUACGGUUUGGGGGUAUUCGGCUGUUUGGGCAUCUACCUUCUCCUCACCAUGAUGACACCACAGGGCGUUACGGCCACACGAGUCACGUCCACGCUGGGCUACUGCCUCCUCCCAAUGUGCCUUUUGUCUAGUCUCGGGAUUCUUUUUUCUUUGAAAAAUUUACCAGGCAUCGUGAUUACUGUCGCAGUCGUGUUGUGGUGCGCAGUGUCGUCCAGCAAGCUAUUCGUUCGUUCCUUGGAUAUGCAACACCAGCGAUUGUUGAUUGCUUACCCCUGUGCCCUGGUUUACAGUUUGAAUGUUUCGCUACCGUUGGUUUCGUAACCGUUGUUUAAACACGCCAUUUUGUAACUCUGAUUGGCCAGCACCCGCCGUUGUGAAUGAAUCUUCACUUUACGGUUUCAGUCCCAUUAUGUCAUUUCCAAGAGCAUAUCUUAUCCGUUCUUCAUUUCACAGCUGCUCAUUCGUUUGUUGCAUUUAGCGUCUUCUCUCUAUUUGUUUGGCUCGAAUGUAUUUUAGUAGUUUUCCUUCUAAACUAUAUAAAUCCGUGUGAUUUAAUUCAUACCACUGUUUUCCUGGCUGGUCUUUGG